GGGGGAGGGAGGGGGUCGCCAAGCUAUGGUGUUCUCUUGGGCGCCCGGAGCGUCUGGCAGCCUCCCGGACCAGUGACUGGGGCUGGAGGAGUCCAGUGGAGGCGGGGAGGCUGAAGGGGGAGUGGUGCUGGAGAUCAAGGGAGAGAUCCUAGGCGGCCGGCCGGAGGACAGGGAAAGCUGGAGGAAAGGCUAGAAGAGGACACGGGACUGCGGGAAUACGAGAGCAGCUGGACCGGCUCUAAGAGAGAGGACGAAGGACGUCUCUAAAGAGCACAGGAGCACAGAACUCUACCAGUAUGACUAGCAUUUGAUAAAUAACACCAGGACUUGAACUCACAGUUCAGCAGUGUUGAAGAAGGGCCCACUCUGUGCAUCUCUUUAGCUACCAUGGCUGCCCCUUCUGCUGUUGUGCCCUUCUCAGUGGUAUCACAGCCACAAUCCAUGGCUAUGAGUGAACCACAAUGCUACUACAAUGAAUCCAUUGCCUUCUUUUACAACCGGAGUGGGAAGUACCUCGCCACAGAAUGGAAUACUGUCAGCAAGCUUGUGAUGGGACUUGGAAUCACUGUCUGUAUCUUCAUCAUGUUGGCCAAUCUGCUAGUCAUGGUGGCAAUUUACGUCAACCGCCGCUUCCAUUUUCCUAUUUAUUACUUAAUGGCUAACUUGGCUGCUGCAGACUUCUUUGCUGGAUUGGCGUAUUUUUAUCUUAUGUUCAACACAGGGCCCAAUACUCGAAGACUGACUGUAAGCACCUGGCUUCUUCGCCAGGGACUCAUUGAUACUAGUCUGACAGCCUCUGUGGCAAACUUGCUGGCUAUAGCUAUUGAGAGACACAUUACAGUCUUUCGCAUGCAGUUGCAUACCCGGAUGAGCAAUCGACGGGUGGUGGUGGUUAUUGUGGUCAUCUGGACCAUGGCCAUUGUGAUGGGUGCUAUACCCAGUGUGGGAUGGAACUGUAUCUGUGACAUCACUAACUGUUCCAACAUGGCACCCCUCUACAGUGACUCUUACUUAGUCUUCUGGGCUAUUUUCAAUCUGGUUACCUUUGUAGUAAUGGUGGUUCUCUAUGCCCAUAUCUUUGGAUAUGUCCGACAAAGGACUAUGAGAAUGUCUAGGCAUAGUUCUGGACCAAGGAGGAAUCGGGACACUAUGAUGAGUCUCCUGAAGACUGUGGUCAUUGUACUUGGUGCUUUUAUAAUCUGCUGGACUCCUGGAUUGGUCUUAUUACUUCUAGAUGUCUGCUGUCCUCAGUGUGAUGUCUUGGCCUAUGAAAAAUUUUUCCUUCUUCUUGCUGAGUUCAAUUCUGCCAUGAAUCCUAUUAUCUACUCUUACCGUGACAAAGAAAUGAGUGCCACCUUCAGACAGAUACUCUGCUGCCAGCGGAAUGAGAAUGCCAAUGGCCCCACUGAUGGCUCAGAUCGCUCAGCAUCUUCACUCAACCACACCAUCUUGGCAGGAGUUCAUAGCAAUGACCAUUCUGUUGUGUAGAUAUCAAAUGGGAGAUGAAGAACCAGCCAUACAUAGACUGUUGAGGGAGUUCCAGGGGAGAAUAAUAAACUGAUGUCUUUCAACACUAAUCAACUACAGUAUUGGUUUCUAGAAGACUCACUCAGGCACAAGACUGGUCAUGUAUGGAAACUGGCAUAUGUGAAAAUACUCAACCUCUUUCUCCUCUCCCUGCUAAAAGUAGAAAGCUGAUUCCUUGUAAUGGAAUUCCAAACCAGAUCACAGGGUGUCUCUUUAAACUACAUUGAUUAGAUUUUCAAAGACUGCUUUGUUUUUGGUGCCAGUUGAAAACAGUUCUGAUUAAUUAAGUUUGUGCCUGUUUAAUUUCAUUUACAUGUAGAAACUUAGGCUCCCCCCCUUUCCUUUUUUUAAAAAGAAAAGAUUGCAUGUAAUAAAUGUCAUGCUUAUGCCUGUCAGCACAUUUCUGAUGGAUAUUUUAUACAUAGAGAGAUCAUAGUCUUUAUUUUUAUUUUUUUUUUUUUGCUACACUACCAUAACUUCAGUAUUUCUUUUUCCUGUUGCAGAAAACAGGAAAACAAUGUAAAUUACAAUUCUUUCUUUUUUUUUUUUUAAAGUAUGCAUGUAAUGUAUUUAUGCAGUUGUUUUAAUGAAAAAAGAAAAAAUGCUCAUUGUAAAAUCUUCUACAGUCUAGAGCUAAUUCCAGUAUUUGUUUAGAGUAUGAAAUAAAUAGUAAUCUAGUUUCAUGAUAUUUAACUUCUUGUUUGUGGUACCAAGUAUGUAACAUAUGCAAUGGGAUUUGUGCUCUAAGAGAACAGAAUCAUGGAAGAAAAAUGAAGCACAAUAUUAUCUUAAGUGUAUUUCUGAUAAUUGUUUUCUCAUUACCUGUGCAUUACAAAGGGAUUUUUUUUAAAAAAUUGAGAAAUGUCAUGUCAUGAUUCACCUUUGUAAAAAGGAAUUUUCUGUUUUUGCACUGAGUGGGUGGCAUUUUUGAUAUCUUAUUAAAUUACCCUUCUUUUUUUCCUUGAUUACUUGAGUUACAUUGAGGUACGCUUUUUUUUUUUUUUUUUGGUGCAAAUCUAAGUAGAAAUAUUCAACUACCACAAAAGAAAUUAAAAUCUAUUACUUUAGCUAACAGUAUUUUGUGCUGAAAACCUGAUAUAUAUAUAUUUUUUAAUUACAAAGAAAUCAAAAGUAUCAUAAACUACCCAAUGAAGAAGCCUCUUAUUAGUGAAAUGUAAUGUUUAAAGGACUUGCAUAUUAAAUAGCUUGGGCACUUAUAUCUGCAAAGUGAGAAUAGGCGUGUGGCUGUAUUAUGCAUCAUCUCCCCAGGCUUCCCCCAUAAUAGAUACUUCCAUGUUGUUAGAUGUUCUCAUAUUAUGUAGUCUAAGAGUCUGUAAGUAAGUAUUGGUGUGACACAGGAGAUUACAUGUGAAGGAACAUAAUCACAAGAAUGGUCUGGAGAAAUGGAAAAAGGUAACCAAGAGAAAUGUAGAGUAAUUGUUUACUUGUACAUAGUACAAAGUUUACAUUGGAACACUGGGCAUAAAAAGUGCAGAGACUUAAGAGCAGGAGAGAGGAAGUGCAAAAAAUAAUGAGAUUGACAUUGACAUAUAAUCAUAAAAUAUGUUAAUAUGAGGAAGAAGAUGAGCCCUGGAAUUUUCACUCAUGUAAAUACAUUGGGAAAUAGGAGGGCCAGUUUAAUUUUUAAGGGAAGAAAAUGAAAUACUAAGCCACUAAUAAAAUUUUCUCAAUAAGUAUAUGA